AGGUGGGUGCGCUCGCGCAGUGCGGGCCCACACCGCGGCCAGUACGGGCGACGCCACAGUGCACCUAGCUUGUGAAACUCGCGUUGUGAAACCGGCGAAAUGUUGACGACGACUGUACUCCUUCUUGCCAUACACGCGGCAACCGCGGACAUACCAUCGUACAUCAAAAUAUGUCAUCGCGACGACCCCACCGUGGACAAAUGCAUCAUGAAUUCAGUUGAAGAGCUCCGACCAAAAAUUAAAGCGGGUAUCCCAGAGUUGGAUGUUCCGGGCAUCGACCCUCUGAGCUUGGGUCAGAUCGCGCUGGCUCGAGGUCCACAAGGAGCCAAGCUGACUGCUGUCGUGAACAACGUCACUGUGCAAGGAUCUAGCGACUUCAUACUACAGGAGUUAAAGUCUGAUCUUGUAAAGAAUCGAUUCGACUUCAAGAUACUGUUGCCUCGACUCGAGUUUAGCGGCAAGUACAAGAUGGACAUCCAAGUUCUUCUUCUGAGGCUACAGGGACGAGGAAACAUCACUGGCACUUUCAAGGAUUACGCUUGCAACGUAACUAUGAGAGGUCACAAGGAGAAGCGCGGCGAUGAUGAGUUCCUGAAAUUCGAUCCGUUCAAGGUCAAACUGCGUGUAGGACAAUCUUCCAUCUACUUGACCAACCUGUUUGACGGUGACCCAGUCCUCGGGCCUGCUACAAAUCGAGUCAUCAACGAAAACUCCAAUGUCUUUCUAGAAGAAAUAAGACCGGUCCUAGAACGUAGCCUUGCGGAACUCUUCACGGAAAUGGCAAACAAAAUAACUUCGAAAUUCACUUAUAAGGAAUUAUUCCCGUUGUCUUCAACAUAACAAAUUUAACACUAAUUUGAUACGAUUUGUGAUGUUUUGUUUAGAUUAUGUCUUAGCAUUGGGACGGUUAACAUUAUUAUUAGGCUAAGUAAAUUCCACGAAUGUGAUAAUGAAUUCUAAAAGAUGUGUCAUACAUCUUUUCAGUGCUAAGACGUUAAAGAUCAUGAACAUUAAGUGUAAUUGUACAUAUACGUAAGUGUAAAAACUAGAAUACGUCAGAUUGGUACAAGUUUGGUAAAUAAUGUGACUGGCUGAUCGUUUCACUGCGCUAUUAUGCAGAGGAAAUAUCACGUCUGGACAAUAUAUUAAGAAAGGAUUAAGAAGUCGGUAUUUUCUUUUGUUACUGUGUCCGCAUUAGACGUUCUUCUAAAUACAAUAACGCUAGUACAUAAUUUGUUACUCAAUGUGGACACCAAA